AUGGUGGACGCGAUUCACAAGCAUGGCACCUGUAUCGCUCAGUAUAUGGCCAACCAGACGGACAUAACUUUCUGCUUGCAGACUUUUAUGAACUUUUUCAAAAUCUCUACCGAAUCAGCCAUACUGGAGGACAAUGCCUGCCGGAAAAUUGACGUCGUCCAGUCUUGCAUCAGUCACCUGAACUGCACAAUGUGUGAGCCCGGAGCCUCGCAAAUGCUGGAAAAACUACAGUACAACUAUUUGCAAACGACGUCGACUCUCUGCCAAAGUCCUCAUGCUAGCAUGAAAGUUUUGAACAUGUUGAACUUCAAAGAGAGCUCUGAUUUUUUCCUAUACGCUAAUCCGGUCGCCAGCGGCGACUACGCGCAAGUACAGUGCGACAACGAAGCCGGUGAGUGUUGGUGCGUCGACGUGCUGUCCGGCGAGGAAUUGGUUUAUUCUCGGGUUGAGGGCAGAGCGGAACACGUCAGAUGUGGAGCUUGUCAUAAGGAACAAGCACGACUGCAAGACGCUGAAAGUUCGUUCAUACCAGAAUGUGACACUUUUGGCUUCUACGAGCCACUGCAGUGUGAUUACGAUACGCAGGAUUGCUGGUGCGUCAACACCACCUCUGGUCUGGAAAAGGAGGGCACACGGGUGAAGGCCGGAGAGAAGCUUCCUACCUGCGAACGUAGAUUCCUGGCCAACGUCAUCUACUGCCAGCAGCUGCCGAUGAAGCAGAGGUGCAAGCCGGACGGAUCGAAGCCCCUUCAAGUUCUUCGAUGGUACAAGGACGUGGACGCCUGCAAGCCGUACAAGACAACGUUCUGCCCUACCGAGUCGCAUUUGCCGCCGUUUUCGUUCAGGUUCCAAUCGGACUGCGAGACCCUCUGUCUUGGAGUGAAAAAUCUCGCCUAG